GUCCCACACCACCUAUAUAUCCAGCCGCGCGCUGCUUCGCUCCGAUCCGAAGCAGACACGGCCGGCCGCAGGUCGAUCGCCUGAACCGACGCGACGCUCCGAUCGAUACGCCGCGAUCGGCGAUCCGACCACAUCAGUUGAUCCAUACCACCCAGGCACCCACCAACGAGCGGAUCGGAAUUGAAACCUACUCCGAUCGACCGAGACGUUUCGGCAAUGAAGCUCUUCAUGUGCUUCGGCGGUGCGGCGGCCGUGGCCGACGACGAGGCGGCGGCUCGCCGGGGGGACCAGAGAGGCCGCCGGAGCCUGUCGUUCCGGGGGAAGUUCUUGUCCGGUAACAAGGGCAGCAAGAAGAAGUCGCCGCCGGCCGAGUCCAAGAAGCGCGGGAUGUACGCGGACGACGUCGUCUACGGCGUGUUCGGUCCGUCCACGGCGUCGUCGGUGGCGUCCUCGGCGCUGCUGAGCUCCGCGGCGUCGAUGGACUCGGGCUACUCCUCCUCCUCCUCCUCCUCGUCCUCUCGCUCCUCGACCGCCUCGUCCUCGGCGUCCGUCUCGGGGGUGCUCUUCCCGCCGGCGGCGAAGCGGCAGCAGGCGAAGAAGGGGUCGUCCCCGGCGGCGGGCGCGGCGGCCGUGGUCCUGUGCCUGCUGAUGGUGGUGUUCUGCGGCCGGGUCGGGGCCACGCUGCUCACGUCCACAGCGCUCUACCUCUUCCCGCGGCGGUGGCCCGCGAGGACGGCGCAUGGGAAGGACGGCGUCGACUCCCUGGAGUCCGACGCCGAGGAGGAGACUACGGCGAGGAGGAAGGUGGUUAUGGAUCAGGGGUUCUUGAUGAGGAACCGCAAGAAGUGAUGAACUGAUGAUACCGUAGUUUCUUUUUUUUCACUUCCUUUUUGUUCGGAUGAGAAGGAAGAGUUUUGCACUAACUAAUUGUUUUUCUCCAAGAGUUUACUAUGUAAUUAAUCUGCGGACAUAAUGUAUAGCCAAACUUACACAAAGAUAGUUUGUAGCUUGUGAUAUUUGUGUAACAAAACCAAUGUUGAAAGGUAAAAAAAGAAGACUUGUGUUAA